AUGGAACAAUAUAAAUGGAUGUAUUUUAAACCAUAUGGAAGUACAGUUAAUCUUGAACCACUUUUUAAUAAUACACAAUGUAUUAGUGAAUCGGAAUGUUAUUGGCUUUUACCAGAUAAACACACUCGAGUGAAUUAUCCAGUUAAUAAAACUCUAACAACAAAAUAUUCGAUAGCAUCAAAUGGAAUAUUAACAAUCGUUGAUAUUCAAGCAAAUGAUAAUGGAAUUUAUCAUUUUUUUAAAAUGAAUAAUAGUAACUGGAUUGUAUCGAAAGCAUUAUUAAAUUUACAUGGAGCACCAUUUGAUUCAGUUUGGUUGGAAUAUUGGCCCAAUGUUGUCGGCGGUCUCGUUGCAAUGGCAGCUGUUCUUAUUACAUUUGGCCUCAUCCUAUUAGCUAAUAAAUAUCGAUAUCGUACACCUUCAACCUUAUCAACACGUCGUACAUCUGAUCGGCCUCGUGCAACUGGAUCGAUUAUCAGUUCACGAGCAAAUCCAAUAUUUCUCAACGAUGAUAAUAAUACAAUAACAAGUCAACCACGUACAAAUAGUCGACGUUCAUCAUCAACAAGUAACGCAACUAAUCUACAUGUUGAACAAUUUUAA